UUGAACACAACCUCAACAACACCAACUAACUUAUCGUCGUCGUGUCACGAUGAGAUACUUGAAGCUGACGACGAACUUCCUAAUAAUGAUGGUGAAGCUGCUACCCAACACGCUUCGCAACAGACCAGCUCAGCGGAUUUCUUUCAAACAACGAAAAUUGAUGCGUUCGGAUUCAUGCAUUCGCCAACCAGCGCUGACAUUGAAUCUAAUGCAACACUACGCGCACUCUUCUUCAUCGAAUUGAAAAGUGGUGAUAUUUGCAGUGAUCAGAGCAGUGCUGAGGCAGCGGUGGUCAGGGAUUUGGGUACUCUGCGGAAACGUGAAACAAAAUGGCUUUAUAUGCUGUCAAAUUGGACGUAUUUUAUGGAUAAUAACUACGAGAAAGUGCGAGAACGGUGCAGAAAGGGUAUACCACCGUCUUUGAGGGGUCGAGCUUGGAAGCAUCUCUGCGGAGCUGCGUUUCAUAUGGAAUUUAGCGUGAACAGGAAUGUUUUUGAUGAACUCAGUAAUCUACCGGGUGAUCCUCACUGGAUUGACGAUAUCAAAAAGGAUUUGAAUCGUCAAUUUCCCGAGCACGUAAUGUUCUCACGAUAUGGUCCCUACGGCAAGCGAGGGAAGAAAGAUUUGUUUGAGUUGUUGAAGGCGUACACGAUUCUACACCCAGAAGAGGGUUACUGCCAGGGACAGGCGCCGAUUGCAUCUGUUCUUCUGAUGCAUAUGCCUUUGAAAGAUGCGUUUUAUUGCUUUGUUCAACUGUGCCAUAAAUAUUUACCUGGUUAUUACAGUGCGGGUUUGGAAGCAGUGCAGAUCGAUGGUGAUAUAUUAUUUCAGUUACUAAAAGAGAAGUCGAAAUUGAGUUACAGACAUUUAAAGAAGCAUCAUGUCGAGCCAGUUUUGUAUAUGAUUGAGUGGUUUAUGUGCUUGUAUUGCCGAACGUUACCUUGGCCGACGGUUUUGAGAGUCUGGGAUAUGUUCUUUUGUGAAGGUGUAAAAGUGCUCUUCAAAGUGGCCAUAGUGCUAUUCCGGUAUGGUCUCGGAACGACCGAACAGAUAAAGCAAUUCAACGAUUUCCAUUCGAUAGUCACACGUCUCAAAAAUCUGCCUGCUGAAACUUCUGAAAUGAGAUUUUUUAAGGUGAUUGAAUUGGAUUUGGAUGAUGGGUAUAUGGAACGGUUGCAUUAUCGGGCAAUGAAAACGAGGCAAAUGCGUGUCAAACUAUCGUGA